GCUGAUUCGGCAAAUUUAUCCGCUUGUGCAGCCGUCAACACGACUUUGGUUUUAAAGGGGAUUUUAUAUUUCACUAACUUUAGCCUCAGUUAGACGGUUGUAGACAUCUAUCGAUCCUUAAGGAUGCUUUCAACUUCUCGAAUUCGUUUGGUGGUUUUUAUGGUUGUUCUGAGUCACGUUGCAUACAACUCGUACAGUUACAGCUCCGGCAGUCAAAUUCGAUGUAACUGGAAUUGUUCUGUCCAUACUGCUGAUCUAACAGAACUCACGCGUGAAAUGGAAACCUCAAUGGCGACCAACGAAUUGAUCAAACUUGGUGUACAGUACGAGAAGACAGUGGACGACAAAUGCGCGAACGAAACGUCUGUUCACUCAAGCGAAUAUGCUUCUGAAUAUUGUCAAGUCUGCUUGGUAAACAAAAGACCCUCUCAAUCGACUACGGUGAUUAAACGCUUGAUAAAUAAUGUAUUUUAUAAUGUAGAUCAAAGAGAAAUUCGCGCCAUUUGUAGCUUGAACCCAGCAAGAACAAGUGUUUCAAGCCCCACGAACUACAGCAGCCGUUCUUCCACCAUUUGUCAUCUCAUUAAUUUAGAAGCUGAAUUUGAUAGAAUCGGUUAUCAAGCAGUGGAAAAAGAUGAUCUUCGAUCAUGCAUUAAUGUUACCAUAUCAAACGGGACCAACAGCGCUAAAGGAGCAUUGGAGCAAAGGGCAUGGCCAAGUAGGGUUUUAAUUUGCUUUUCAUUUGUAUUCGUCGCAGUGUUCAUGUAUUACUCUCUGGCCUUCCUUUGCCUUUUCUACCCGACGGAGAUCUUGCAAAAUGGCGUUCCAUAUAUCAAUCUUGAAGGAGCAAGUCCCGUCAGUCUCCGAAGCUUAGCGGGAAAUUUCUUUUUCUCUAGAGGCGAAGGAGUCUGGCACAACACUAAAACAUUCUUUUUGCGAGUUUUUAUCAUACCUCUUCCAUUUCUGUUUGGUGCAAUAUAUUUUAAAUACAAAAUUGAUGGCUUUUUAGAAAUGCUGUCAUCCUUGCAAAGCUUCUUUAUAGAGUCUAGUUUUUGUUAUUGCAUUCAGGCUUUUUACAUAUCGUUUUACAUGAAAAGGCCAAUGAAAGCAAAGCCUUGCACCGUUUGUAAGUUGGUUAAACCAACAAUCCUUUCAUGUCAAGAUGAACUUCCUCGGCUUAUCAUCAAUCAUUUGCGCCUCCAACCUUUGAUCUUUGUAGAAUGUUGGAGGCUUUUUAAAAGGUGUUUGGUAAAUUAUGUAAAAACGUCCACUUCGGUGAUUCCCUCCCGCAGAGUUUCUAUCAUCUCAGCGCCAGUUCGUCUUUCCCUUUUUAUCAUUCUGUUUCUCUGUAUACCCGUUGUAAUAAUAGUGCUAAUGAUCGUAGUCUGUUUGUUAACUUUAAUGGGUAUUCUAUUGACCUCUCCUGUCGCAGCCUUAUGCUCCGCUCAAUACAGGCCGAGCAAUACAAAAUCAAAAAGACGUAUUUUAUUGAUGAACUUCUUAAAUUUGAUCCUCUCGUUUUUUCCUGGGAUGGGUGCCGUUAUACUUUUAUUAUUUUCAGGUUUAGGUACUCUACUUGCUGUACUAAACGUUUUCGCGCUCUCUUUCUCAGAGGAACACCUUCCUUACGUGGCUUGUUCCGUUUUUGUUUUAUAUUACAUCUGGUCAAGCUAUAGCUAUUUUACGAAAACAUACCACGAGCUUGCCUUAGCUUUAUUUUAUUACAACAAGAAUUCAAGACAAAAUCAGGUCAACUACGUUCCUCACAACUCUAAUCAGCUGCAAAAAUUACCCAGCACUGCAGACAAUGACCUUGAAAACAUAAUGGCAAUUCCAAAAAGGCUCUUCGAUAUGGCAUGUGAAGAACUUAGGCCUCUUAGAGAAGGUGUCUGUAAACUAAUUUUGAAGAUCAUAUUGAUCGUGUCUUCUGUGUUGAUUGUGUUUACUUUGACCAUAUUGUCCACCUCUGAGACUACGCCUCUGAUGAAAACUUUGUUGACGUUCCUCACUUUAUCGUCUCCUAAGAUCGUCGCUAUUUACGUUGAUGGAGGAUGGCAGGAAAAAUUGCGAGCAAUGGUUGUUGAAGAAAAAGUUCCAAAAAUUGUGGAAAAAUUCUUAAGUGAAACCUCUGAGACAAAUCAUGGACAGAGAUGCGGAAAUAUAAAGACCGACGAAGUAAUUUUAGUAACUGAAGACUACAUUGAACUUGCAAGCAUGUAGUCCUUUAAGAAACCAGUUAAUGCCUUUGUUAAACCUACUAUACUGCUCACACAUCCUUAUUAGAGUAUCAUGCUUCACUUUUAAAACUUUCUAUAAGCGUUAACUAUUUCGAUUACCGCAGAAAAAUUAAAAAAUAUAGUAGAUAUUGAUGUAUGAGAUUAGGAUAAACAUAUUGAACGACGCGCCUUUGCCACCCAAUCAUUCAUUUAAUUAGGUUUAUUUUAGAUCCCUCCGGUAAUAACUGUCAGAGGUCAACUUUAAUAGCUUCAGGAUUUCAUUGGCUGUGAUUUGUAAAAUAUAUGGUAAAAUAGUACCAAGUCGCCAAGAUUCUGAUAUUAGAUCAAGUGUGAUAAAGUUUAGCAGAAAGCGCAGAAGUUAUGUGAUGAAUAUCUCUUAUUCUUGUGUUAUUAAGCCAAAGAUAUAUAAAGUACCUUAUUAACCAGAUUGAUUGCUGCUUUUUUGUAAACAUUCCGCUUCAAAUUCACUUUUGACUAUGUGUUUACGAUGUUAUUUUUUAUGUUCAAUCUCUUAGACCCCCGAUGUUGGGUGCUCAAUAAAGUUUGUAUCCACA